CGAGCCCGAUAGCGUCAGCAACGCGCAGGCGCACGUCGGUCCCCGCGCUUUUCGGAAGCUGAUGGUGUCCGCGAACGGUCGCAGGUGAAAACCGGCAGAAAGACAUUAAGAGAUUUUCCUACAGUCACUGCUGGCAGAUGAUAGAGCCAGGAUCUGAACGCAGGCAGCCUGGCUCCAGACCCUGUGCUCUUAACUCCUGUUUUGCAUCACGAAUCGAGUCCUGUGAAAGGCCUGUACGGUGCUUGGUACUGAGUAGGCACUCUUGCUGUUCAAUCUGUGACCUGGGGUAGCAGCAUCAAGGAGCAUUGUGUACAUGAAGAAGUGCACAGUACCUGGAUUGAAACUGCUUGUGUUCGAUUUCUGGUACCAUUCGUAACUGGCUGUGUGAUCUCAAAUAAGAAAACUAAAUAACCAGCUGGGUGCAGUGGCUCAUGCCCCUAAUCCUAACACUUUGGGAGGCCAAGGUGGGUGGAUUACCUGAGGUCAGGAGUUUGAGACCAGCCUGACCAACAUGAACCUCUAAAAUGCAGACCUCCAGCUCUAGAUCUGUGCACCUGAGUGAAUGGCAGAAAAAUUACUUUGCAAUUACAUCUGGCAUAUGUGCAGGACAGAAGGCAGAUGCAUACCGUGCACAGAUAUUACGCAUUCAGUAUGCAUGGGCAAACUCUGAAAUCUCCCAGGUCUGUGCUACCAAACUGUUCAAAAAAUAUGCAGAGAAAUAUUCUGCAAUUAUUGAUUCUGACAAUGUUGAAUCUGGCUUGAAUAAUUAUGCAGAAAACAUUUUGACUUUGGCAGGGUCUCAACAAACAGAUAGUGACAAGUGGCAAUCUGGAUUGUCAAUAAAUAAUGUUUUCAAAAUGAGUAGUGUACAGAAGAUGAUGCAAGCUGGCAAAAAAUUCAGAGACUCUCUGUUGGAACCUGCUCAUGCAUCAGUGGUAAUCCAUAAGGAGGCCACUGUCUUUGAUCUUCCUAAAUUUAGUUUUUGUGGUAAUUCUCAAGAGAAUGACCAACUACCUAACUCAGCUCAUGAUCAAGAUAGGACCCAAGACUUCCCAGAGAGCAAUCCUUUGAAACUCCUUCAGAGUGCCCAGCCACCUGUGGUGACUAACACUGCUAAGACUUGUUCUACAUUCUCAGCACCGGUAGAUGAGUCAGCCACUGCAAAAUUCCAUGUCACGCCAUUGUUUGGAAAUGUCAGAAAGGAAAAUCCCAGCUUUCCAGAAGAAAACAUAAGACUUAAUAUGUUCUUAUCUAAUCAGUCUUGUUUUCCUGCUGCCUCUGAAAAUCUGCAAAGAAAGUCUUUUUAUGGUUCUAGUACCACUGAUGCACUUUCCAAUCCAGUAUUGAAUAAGGCUUAUAGUAAAACAGAAGAUAAUGGCCCAAAGGAGGAUAGCAGCCUGCCUACUUUUAAAACUGCAAAAGAACAGUUAUGGGUAGAUCAGCAAAAAAAGUACCAUCAACCUCAGCGUGCAUCAGGGUCUUCAUAUGGUGGUGUAAAAAAAUCUCUAGGAGCUAGUAGAUCCCGAGGAAUACUUGGAAAGUUUGUUCCUCCUAUACCCAAGCAAGAUGGGGGAGAGCAGAAUGGAGGAAUGCAGUAUAAGCCUUAUGGGGCAGGACCUACAGAACCAGCACAUCCAGUUGAUGAGCGUCUGAAGAACUUGGAGCCAAAGAUGAUUGAACUUAUUAUGAAUGAGAUUAUGGAUCAUGGACCUCCAGUAAAUUGGGAAGAUAUUGCAGGGGUAGAGUUUGCUAAAGCCACCAUAAAGGAAAUAGUUGUGUGGCCCAUGUUGAGGCCGGACAUCUUUACUGGUUUAAGGGGACCCCCUAAAGGAAUUUUGCUCUUUGGUCCUCCUGGGACUGGUAAAACUCUAAUUGGCAAGUGCAUUGCUAGUCAGUCUGGGGCAACAUUCUUUAGCAUCUCUGCUUCAUCCUUAACUUCUAAAUGGGUAGGCGAGGGGGAGAAAAUGGUCCGUGCAUUGUUUGCUGUAGCAAGGUGUCAGCAACCAGCUGUGAUAUUUAUUGAUGAAAUUGAUUCCCUGUUAUCUCAACGGGGAGAUGGUGAGCAUGAAUCUUCUAGAAGGAUAAAAACAGAAUUUUUAGUUCAAUUAGAUGGAGCAACAACAUCUUCUGAAGAUCGUAUCCUAGUGGUGGGAGCAACAAAUCGGCCACAAGAAAUUGAUGAGGCUGCCCGAAGAAGAUUGGUGAAAAGGCUUUAUAUUCCCCUCCCAGAAGCUUCAGCCAGGAAACAGAUAGUAAUUAAUCUAAUGUCCAGAGAGCAUUGUUGCCUCAGUGAAGAAGAAAUUGAACAGAUUGUACAGCUCUCUGAUGGGUUUUCAGGAGCAGACAUGACACAGCUUUGCAGAGAGGCUUCUCUUGGUCCUAUUCGCAGUUUACAAACUGCUGACCUUGCUACCAUAACACCAGAUCAAGUUCGGCCAACAGCUUAUAUUGAUUUUGAAAAUGCGUUUAGAACUGUGCGACCUAGUGUUUCUCCAAAAGAUUUAGAGCUUUAUGAAAACUGGAACAAAACUUUUGGUUGUGGAAAGUAAAUAGGAUACUUGGAAUUAAAAGAGGGCAUCUCUGUAGUGCAGUCUUUUUUUAUUUUUUAGUAUAGAAAGAAGGGGAUAUGUUAAUUUUUUUUUUUUUUUUUGAAAAUACUCUGAAUUCUGUACUUCAAAUAAUAGUUCAGAUUUUACAACUAAUUGACAGUGUAUGUUAAUGUAAGUUUUGCUUUGCAUUUAUUACCUGAUGUGUAAGCCUAUCUAAACAAAGUGAGAAUGAACUUUUGUUUCCAAGAAUUCUUUCUUUUGAAGUUAUAUAACAUGCAAAGUGAGCUCAAAUUAAUUUUUUAGUUGAAGAUUACAUAUAAAGUUAUAUCUGAUUAAUACCCGUCUUUUAUUGAAGAGUGUUCCUCCCAAUGGCCACGUAAUUCUUAAUGUUGGCUAGUAUAAUGGUUUACAUUUGGAACAGAGCAUUGCUUAGUGUUAUUUCAGCAGAUUUAAGAUCUCACUAAAAGCUAAAGUGGCAGUUUUUACUUUAUUCUGCCAAUUUGUUACCUCUAUGGUUUUUAAUUUUUAUCAGGACUAACAUUUUCAGAAAUAGUAAGGUAUGAUCUAGUAUUACAGAUAUAUUCAUAGAACUGAAAGGGUAAUUAAGAGUGUGGGUUAUUUUCAGGGAAGUGUGUGAUAUCUAACAUUAAUGUUUUAUUUGACACUACAGCCUGUAAUACUGCGUUCUAUCAAAAAUAAGUGUUUCAGAUUUUUAUACCAGACCCAUUGUGUUUUAUGAAAUGUGCAUUACAGAAACAUGAGAAAAUAGAGAUAAGUAGAGAAUAAAAAUCACUGUUAUCCUACCACUUUGUGGGACACACUCUUAAUAUUUAAGCAUAGAUUCUUCCAGAGGUUUUGUUUUAUACAGCAGUUGGAUUGUGUAAUGUAUUCUCUUUUGUAGCCUGCUCUCUAAAGCGUAUCUUCACUUUCCAUGUUAACAUAAAUGUCCUGCUAUGAUUGCCCAGCAUUCCAUGGAUGGACUAUAAUUGAGUCAUCUGGUAGAGGACAUAUCGGGCAGAACGUUAGGUUGUUCAUCUUUUGUUUAUUGUAAAGGAACUAUGCGGGAUGCCAUUUGGUGAUCUUUUUAAAAAAUAUGUAUAAAUUUAUUGAGUAAUUCUUGGAUUAAAGAAUAUGCACUUUU